GCGUUCCGGGCUGUCUGCGCCCCCACGGCGGGAGCUGCGGCGGGCGGUGAUCCGAACUCUUCCGUAUUCCAUUCCCGGCGAGCCCCGGGGCACUGAGCGGGCUGCCGGUGGGAUUUUAGUGGAGCCCGUGUUCUGUCGCGAUGAGUUUUCUGCUGCCCAAACUGACCUGUAAGAGAGAAGUGGAUCAGGCAAUAAAAAGUGUCGCUGAGAAGGUCUUGGUUCUCCGUUUUGGAAGAGAUAAUGAUGCUGUUUGUCUGCAGCUCGAUGAUAUUCUUGCAAAAACAGCUCAUGACUUAAGUAAAAUGGCAGUCAUUUAUCUGGUGGAUGUGAACAACGUCCCAGUGUACACCCAGUAUUUUGACAUCAGUUAUAUUCCAUCUACUGUGUUUUUCUUCAACGGGCAACAUAUGAAGGUUGAUUAUGGGUCUCCAGAUCACACUAAAUUUGUAGGAAGUUUCAAAACAAAGCAAGACUUUAUAGAUCUGAUUGAAGUGAUCUACCGAGGAGCAAUGCGGGGAAAGCUCAUUGUGAGAAGUCCAAUUGAUCCCAACAACAUUCCUAAAUACGACCUUCUCUACCAAGGAAUUUAAUGGGUUGACCUAAGAUAAGAAUUACACAAAUGGAUGAUGUUGUAGAUCCCUUUUUCCUUUGAGCACUUUUCGCCUCCUCUGGCAUUGUGGACAGUUUGAGCAUUUAUCUUGAAGGAUCAUAUUGGUCUCCUUCUGAAGACAGAUACUCUGUCACCUCAUGCUUCUGUUGUAAAUAAAGCUGCAUGUUCAUGCACAGA